AUGAAGCGCCAGUCGAUUUGUGGUCGAAAAAGUUUUGGAUAUUUGAAAUUGCCAGAUCAGUUGUCUCACGUUUCUUGUGGCUCUGAAAAUUUUUCUGAAGAAGCAUUUAAUGAAAGAUUGUCAAAAAUCGAUUCGGAAAUAAAUGGUUUCAAAGCUGUUAAGGAAAAAUUUCUUAAAGAAGAAAAUGAUUGGUUAAAUUAUAGUUUUGAAACAACAGAGAUGGUGGAACAAGCAAAAAGACUACAUAUGGAACCAAUAUCAGUUGAUUUUGAUAUGUCUGAAAAAGUUCGGUUAAAAUAUAUGAAAGAUUUUCCUUCAGAAACCUCAGCAUUUAAUAUAUACAAAACUAUGCGACAAGAAUUCUCAAAAAAUGUGGCUCAUGAGAUGAAAUACUUACAAACGCAAAACAAGGUGGAAAAGCAAAAAGUUGAUAUACUUCGAGAGAUUUCUGCAAUGCAAGUUAAAUUUUUUAGAUCUGCGCAUGAGAUGAUAAAAAAAAGGAUGGAUAAUUAUAAACAGAUCAUAGAAGAAGAGAGACAGUGGUUCAAGCUCACUGAUAGGGAAAAUAUAUUUAUUAAACUUGAAGAAGAAUACGAAAGAAAAUGCAGAGAAGAAUUUGAUAAAUGUGAAAAUUAA